AUGCGAAUAAGUGCUGAGGAACUAGACCUCGAACCUGCAGUGUAUAUUCAUGAAGGGAGCGAUACAUUAUCACAACUCCGAGAACAACUUGCGUUGCUGCCGGAUAUCGAAGAAUUAUCUCCGAGAUGUGAUAUCGAUUCAGCUGACGUCGGUGAACCUGGGACGAGUACUCCAGAAGAGGAACGAAGAUUGCGAACAAUCCUGAAGUAUCAUAGAGCCUUUUUGGGAAAUGGGAAUGCGGUUCCGGCUCCGACGCGAGGCGUCACCUGUGAUUUGGAUGUUGGGGAGGCGAACCCCGUUGCCCAACGUCCCCGGUCUGUGGCAUCACACUUAUCGAUCAAAGUGUAUGAAUUGCUGAAGAAACUCUUGGAAACACGACUCAUCAAACACUCAGAAUCACCGUGGGCAUCACCUAUUGUGAUUGUCCUCAAAAAAUGGUGUGGAUAUUCGAAUGUGUCUCGACAACCGAAUUGUCAAUGGAUUCAUCACUUUGUCCAAUUACCCUCUACCGCUAAUAGAUGA